CUGACGUCACGGCGCUUCUUCCCUACUACUAAACUCGGUGAGGGCGGCGUGUGCGCUUGACCGAUAGGUCUUUUAAGCCAAUCGGCUCUCGGGAGGGCCGGCAGCUGUGGAGAGGGUACUCCAAUAGGCGCGCGGCUGGGGGCGGGUCUCCGCUGCUGGGAGUUGGGUUGAUCUAGCUCCUGGGCUUGUUUCCCUGGCUCUGCUUGUACAUGGGGGAUUGGGGUAUGCGGGCAAGCAGCGCUCUCAGAAAUAAGGGCACCUUAUUGUCCAGCACCCCUCAGUCGGAGGUUUUCACUGGUACGGUAAGAAAUAACGGAUGAGGGUGUCACUGCCUAUUCCCCAUCCUUAAUUGGAAAUAGAUAAAUCUUCUGGACCAGAUGAUUAAAUGUACCAAAGGAAAUGUUGGCUCGUGAGCACUGAACUACCAUGGAGGUCUGUGAAUGAGAACAGAGAUGCAGCACGGCAACCAGGGAAUGCAUGGGGAAUAUUGAAACAGCACAUAAAGAACGUCCAAUGCUCGUUAGUGUGAGCAGUGGAAAAGGAGCAACUACCAUGGUAACGCUAAUCACAGAAAAAUUGCAGAAUCAGAGCCUGGAAGACAUCACUUGCAAGGCCUACAGUAUUAAUGUGCGCUCCACUGAGAAACUGAAUGAAAGUGGCAGUUUGUUUCCAUAUGAAAUUGAUGAAGAAAGUCCAUGGACACUUGUAAACCGGACUUGCUCAACUAAAGCCGAGACAAACCGCAGUGUGGCUUUUCCUUUUACAACAUGCACAUUUAACCAUAACCUGGCUGACCAUGUUGGGUUGCAAUGGCAAAUCAACACAAAUAAAGCCUCUGUUUCCGGCUGGAUCAGUGAGUUGAGUCUCAGUGAGAACUCGAGUACACCUUUGGCCCCACCCACAAAACGACAUUGCAGGUCUCUUUCGGAGCCUGAUGAAUUAUCCCGGUGCCGAUCUCCUUGGAAACCCUGUAGUUCCAAGGUCUGGACUCCUGUGUCAAAGCGGCGGUGUAACAGCGGUGGUAGUGCAACCUUGCAGCGCUGCAACAGCCAUGGAAGUGCCACACUGCAGAGGAGCACGAGUAUCAAUCUGCUCCAACAGACCAGUAAACAUGCAUUAUCACUCAACAACAGUAUAUUUAAUGUCACCAGCUUCAAUACUUCACCAGUACCAAGGCCGUCAUCUGCCAGCAGUGGAUUUGUAGACAGUAGUGAGGGAAGUACAUCAAGUGUACGUUGGAACUCUGCAGGUCCAUUUGACUUUAACCCAAGACGGCGGCUGUCACUUUCACAGGAACACAUUACAGAGACGACAAACCUCUUGCCUUCAGCAAACAGCACUCCCACUUCCACGCCUGAGCUGAGUCGUCGACAGGGUUUGCUGCGAUGUCGCUCACAACCUUGUGUGCUGAAUGAAAGGAAAUGUGGGCUCAAGCGAAGGCGUGAGGAAGAUGUUAGGUGGACACGACCCUCUUUGGACUUCCUGAAGAUGACACGGACGUUAAAGAACUCGAAAAGCCUUUGCUCUCUUGACUAUGAAGAUGAAGAUGAUGACGAUGAUUGUCAUAUGAAAACUAUUGUGUCCUCGCCAUGUGACUCAAAUGAUCUGUUAAUGAAUAUCAUCACUCCGGGCUCCAGUCCACUCAAAGAACAUGACUCUGCACGAUGUCAUGUCCCUGGGAGCCGAGAUGGCUCCCAUCCAAGGAAUUAUGGGAAAGAAGUCACUGUGAGCGAAAGUGAGGAAGAUACAAGUGAUUGUGAAAGCACUGACGAAGGAAUAUUCCGGCUGGACUGUGGCGAUUUGGAUCUAGAACAAAUAGAAAAUAAUUAAUUGCUGCAACAAUGUUCUAGAUAAAACUGGUUGUUUUUAUACUUUUUGUUGUGGUAGAGGAUUACCUUUGCAUAACUCAUGUCCAUUAAAAAAAAUUUUGUUAUUCUGGA